AAACCAAACAUUUCUUUCAGGUCAACCAACUCAAACUUCUUUUUGAUCAUGGCGAAAUGGGAUUUUGGUCAGAGCUCAAGAGAGAAGACGGCAAUUCUUAAGCUUGGGAUUCCAUUAGCCGUCUCUAUUGGAGCCUUCAUUUACGCAAAGAUACACUGUUGCGAAAAAAAAACAGUCUUGGAUGCUACCCACCAAGAAACUCCGGCGGAAUCAGGCGAAGAGAAUGGGAAAGGAGAUAUUCAGAUAAGAUUUCUUCAAUACUGCAACGUGAAGGAAAAGGAAACAGCACUUAUGGAUAUGAAACAUUCCUUGUUAUCACAGAUGGCUAAAGUUGAGUUCUUGAACAGAGAAGUCUUGUAUAUGGAGGCUGAAGCUCAAAGAUUGGAACAAGUAUUGUCUAAAUACUUGAAAAAAUUAGAAGAGGUUGAAUCUUUGCAAACUGAAAAUGGGUUUCUUCAUAUGAAGAUCGCGAAGAUUUCAACAAAACAUAAUAGAUGUUCUGUUAUUGUUCGAGAGCAGAAGCUGCUGGUUGAAGCUGGAAAAACAGAGAUUUCAAGAAAUCAGGUUGAGUUACAAGAGAAGGAAAACAUCAUCAGAACACUAGAGGAAGAGAUUAGAGAGUUCAAGAUAGUAAUCGAGAAUUGUUCAGAGGUUGAUGAUGAAGGAAGGAUGGUAUUAUCAAUGGAGGAUUACAAUAAGUUACAGAUGGAAUCUGCAGAGGAAGCCAAAGAAGUGGUAAGGUUGAGAUGGGCCAACGCUUGUUUAAGGCACCAGUUGAGCAGGAAGAAGGAUGAACAGACGACGAACCGCGAUGAAAUGGGGAUUUCUCAUGAUUCCAAAAAGAAGAAGAUUGUUCAUAGAUUCAAGAAGUGGGGUGAGAAGAUGAGAGUGAUUUAAUGAAUACAGCAGCUACAAACCAUUAAUAAAAAUCAUAGCUCUUUUUAUUUAA